GGUAGCGUUAGCCUUAACGUGUCGUUAAAAAGUUUAACGUGGCGUUACUUUACGGAAGGUUAAAAAGCUGUUGUUCAAGUUGAUUUAACGGUAGCGUUAGCUAACGUGACCGUUAACAAAUCUUAACCUGUCGUUAAAUUUUAACUAUGGUUUAGAGGCUAUUUUAGUUACCCAUAAUUCAGAUUUUCUGAACUUCCCCCAUAAACAAAUAUGGCCGACUUGCCUUCUGCUAGUGCAUGCAAUCAGUCUAAUGUGAAGAAGACAAGGGAAAGAAAGCCAAAUUUUUCGGAAGCAGAGAUAAAUCUUCUCCAAGAUGAGGUAGAAAAGAAUUAUGCAGUCAUUAAUGACAAAUUUGGAAGUUCUUUUACAAAUAAAAGAAAAACAGCAGUCUGGGGAAGAAUUUCAAUGAUGGUGUCUUCUCUUGGUGUUGCCCAUAGGUCAGUCAAGGAGUGUAAAGAUAAAUGGGGCAACACCAAGAAAGAGGCAAAGAAGAUCUUUUCUGUCAGCAAGAGAGACCAGGGGAAAACAGGUGGUGGACCACAGGCUAAGUCAGUGAGUGUGGCAGUGCACAGAACCAUAGAUUUGUGCAAGGACUCUGCUUCCUUCAAGGGCAUAGGAGGUGUAGAAAGCUGCAUCAUUGCUGGUGCAGCUGAGGCUAGAUUGUCAGAAGAUGAUUCUGAAAUGGCCUGUACAGGGUCCCAGGAUUUAUUUCAGUCAGCUAUGGAAUGCCAAUCUGAGUCCUCACUACAACCUCCAACACCUCCUUCACCAUCAGUUCUUUCAGGGUUUAUUGGUAACCGGGCAGUACCAAUUGUGGUAAACCCAACUAGACAGGCUGAGAACAAUGAAUCACAUGCCGUCCCUACAGCUGCUACAGCCACAAAGAAGAGAAAAGCCACAGCAGGAGAUGUUUAUGAGCUUCAGGUUGUGUAUUUUAGGGGUGAAAUUGAAAAACAGAAGAAGGAGAUGAAAAAGCUGGACUUGCAAAUAGAACUGCUGGAGAGAAUCAAGGCAAAGGAGUACCAGCCAAUGUCAUUGUCACAGUGUCUUGAGGCUCUUGGUACUACCAACUAAUAUUAUUUGUUAUC